ACUUAUCAUAUGCAAACUAUGUUGUCAUUGUUGCAUUUUGCCAAGUUAGUUGCAGGUUAAAGUGAGACCCUUGAUACCAGAAUCAUCUGAGGGAUGUUGCCUACCACUAAACAUCUUUGGUAAAAAGUUAUAUUGGCACUGCCGUCGCUUUUUCUACCAGAAGAACGAGAUUCUUGGACUCUGCAACCAAAUUAGAUUUAUUCAGUUUCCAAAACGAGUAGAGAUGACAAACCUUCUCCAAGAAACAGUACAGUAUGCAUACGAUCACUGGAUUACAUUGUUGGUUGGACUUUUAAUCCUUCUGUUUUAUCGAUACUGUGUUGCACCGUUUACUGUUUUCAAGAAACUCGGAAUCAGAGGACCAACACCUCUUCCGUUUUUUGGCAACGCCAUACAGAACUCCUUUAAUCCAAAUGUCAUCCCCAAGUGUCAAAUGGAAUGGUACAAUAAAUAUGGAAAGAUAUUUGGAGUUUAUAUCUUUCGUCAGCCAUUCAUGGUGGUUGCUGAUCUAGAUAUGAUAAAAGAGAUCCUUGUCAAAGAAUUCCCGAAAUUUCACGAUCGAAAGAAAUUGAUGAAGGACCUUAAGAAGCCAUAUGACAGAAUGUUAACAAUUGUAAGUGGUCAGAAGUGGAAGGAUAUACGGUCUACUUUGUCUCCAACUUUCAGUGCAGCUAAGAUGAAGCAGAUGAUGCCCUUUAUGAACGAAGCGAUUAGCAUUUUAAUGCAGAAAGUGGACAGAAUUUCCAAGACAGGGGAGACCAUUGAUUUUCAUAGGUGGCUCCAAAGUCUUACUAUGGAAGUGAUUUUGUCAACAGCAUUUGGAGUCAAAGCAGAAACACAAACUGUUGAAAAUGAUCCAAUCACUGAGUUAGCAAAGAAGGCCAUGGCUCCACACCCUUUGGUUGGAUUACUGUUCCUGUUACCAUUUGGAGAACACAUACUGAAUAACCUCCAGGAUCCGUUUGAUUUCGAAAAAAUUCUUGCCAUAUCAGCCGAUAUCAUCGCUGAAAGGACUGCCGCAAAGGACAGUAAUGACGUACCCCGGAAAGACUUACUGCAACUGAUGCUGGAUGCAAAGGAUGAAACAGGAGGAGAAAAAAUUGAUUAUGAUGAUAUUAAGGCACAAUGUCUAACUUUCCUUCUCGCUGGAUAUGACACAUCCAGUACAACUCUCGCUUUCAUUUGCUAUGAACUCGUUCUUCACACGGACGUGCAAGAUAAACUGAGGGACGAGAUUGACCGUAUGUGGCCUGGAGAUGAGGAAUCUCCAUCUUAUGACUCGCUCCAUAACAUGCAAUACCUUGACAUGGUUAUUAAUGAAGCAAUUAGGAUGUACCCGCCAGGAUUCGUCCUUCAGAGAGAUUGCAUGGAGGCCUGCACUAUAAAAGGGCUGCACAUUCCUAAAGGAUUGCCUGUUACGAUUCCGUGUUAUGCAAUUCACCAUGAUCCGGAGAUAUGGCCGGAGCCAGAAAAGUUUGACCCAGAAAGGUUCUCAGAGGCAGAGAAAGCAAAGCGUCAUCCCUAUGCAUUCAUGGCGUUUGGAUUCGGUCCACACAAUUGUGUUGGAAUGCGAUUUGCUUUGCUUGAAAUUAAGCUGACCCUGGUGAGAUUACUAAAGAAGUAUAAGCUGGAAAAGACUGAGAGGACAGCGGUUCCAAUGAAGUUUGAAGUUAUGUUUGUUCUCACCUGCGCUCCUGAGACGGUUAUGUUGAAGAUUUCACCGAGGGAUUAAAAUACGAUCAUAUUGUAUCUCGUUUAGCUUGUAAACCGAUGACGACGUACUUCGCUAAAACAUCUUAUAGCACUCCUUUGUCAACCUCGGUUACGGUUUCGCCAAAUGUUUUUUCACUUUUCUCAGAUUGAUUAUUGUUUGAAAACGUCUAUCUGAACACGAGAACCGGCCAGGAUUAUUAGGUUAGAAGACUCAAACUAAAUAUAUCCAUUUAAUAAUGAUUAGUAUACACAAUUGUUAUGCACUUUUAGUACCUGAGGCUUACGAAACGUUUCGAACAAAUAUCAGUGACGCUUAAUACUGUGACGUAAGCAAACUUGGGCAAACUAAGACGUCAGCAAAAGUGGAAUAAACAAAAAUAAAGCACCAAAGUCACGUUACCUCAAAAUACUGUGCCUUCAACGAAGAGCUUCACGAUAUUUUCAACACUGCUAAAAAUACUGACAGAAAGGCAUACAAAAAUAACCAUUAUGUAGGAUUCUAAAUGUUUCAAUCGUUUUCCGGAAGAUGUCUACACGGAUGCAGUUACACCAAUCUUUAAUGAA